AUGCAUAACGCCGCGAACUUGUCUCAGGGCCAUGGGUUGCCUGGCGUUGGUGCCCGUGGUGCUCCGACGGAGGAUUUGCGUGACACAGCUGAGACGGUUCAGAUAUCCUCUCUUGCGCUGCUGAAGAUGCUGCUCCACGGCAGGGCGGGUGUUCCGCUUGAGGUAAUGGGCCUUAUGAUUGGCGAGCAGAUCGAUGAUUACACCAUCCGCGUGACGGACGUAUUUUCGAUGCCACAGACGGCUACCGGGCAGUCCGUAGAGGCAGUUGACCCUGAGUACCAGGUACACAUGCUGGACAGACUCUCCGUGGUGGGCCGCUCGGAGAAGGUUGUUGGCUGGUACCAUAGCCACCCAGGGUUUGGAUGUUGGCUCUCUGGUGAGGAUGUAAUGACGGCGGCAAGCUACGAACAGUUAACCCCUCGCAGCGUAUCGGUCGUCGUCGAUCCGAUCCAGUCUGUACGGGGAAAGGUGGUUAUCGAUGCCUUUCGUACCACCAGGGACCUGUUUCCAGGAUCACGGAACAUGCUCCAUGACCCGCGCCAGACGACAAGUAAUAUUGGAUGGCUGACGCGUCCAUCACCUAUUGCAUUGGCCCGUGGUCUCGAUCGUGACUACUAUAGCCUUCCAAUCACCUUCCGGAAGAAGAAUCACGAGCUUGCGUUGCUGCUGAACGUCUACAAAAAAGGUUGGCAAGAAGGGUUUCGGCUUGAAAAUAUGGAAAAGUUUGACCGCCAAACUGUUCGGGAAAAGAUUCGCACACUGACUUCGCUUGCCACGCAGUCUGAGAGAUUUAUUGUUCAAGGACUUGAUGAAGACGACGUUGGUAAUGUUGGACGGACCAAUCCCAUCGCCCAUCUGCAGACAGAAGCCGAGGGACUCAUCAACGCAAACCUGAACCAAUCCAUUGGCGCAAUGAUCAACGGUGUUGUCUUCUAG